AUAUACAUAGAGAGAGAGAGAGAGACACACACACUCUUUGCUAUAUAAAUCAACAAAACACAUAAACUUAAGCAUUACACAAGAGCCAAAACACACAAUCUUUACUCUCAUAUAGUCUCUCAUGGCUACCAUUGCCUACAUCAUCCUCUUUCUUACACUCUCAUCCACGACCAUUCAUGCAAGAGAAAGCCAAUUUUUUGCUAAAGUCUCUAACAACAACAAUCCGAAAGAAACACAACCCUUAAACACCAAUCAAAAUUACAUCCCACAAGCCCAAGAAGUCCCUUAUGGCCACGAGUCGGGCCAGUUGCCACCCUCGGCCACAAACAACAACAACAACAACCUUCCCAAAUACCUCCCAGAGAACUACAACCCUGUGGCAUACACCACACCAAUCCAUAGUACCACCCAAGACAUCCCAGAAGAAUACCGAGAGGAGCCUGCCGCCUUUCGGUACAAUGGCGAAAGCUCAAUGUACAACUCCCAGAAGCAGCAGCAGGGGUUUGAGGAUGCAAGGUUUAUGGACACAGAAGAAGAUGGUGGCAACAAUAUGUACAACAACAAGCAAGAGGUGGGGACAAAUGAUGAGAAUAUGUACAACUAUGAGAAGCAGGGGAUGAGUGACACUAGGUUAUUGGACAAUGGGAAGUACUACUAUAAUCCAGGUGGCAAUGGGUACAACUCACAGAAGCAGGGGUUUGAGGAUACAAGGUUUAUGGAGACUGAAAAUGGUGAUAAUAUGUACAACUCCCAAAAGCAGGGGACGGGUGAGUAUGGUACAAGUAACAAUGCAAACAUGUACAACAAUGUGAAGCAGGGGAUGAGUGACACAAGGUUUUUGGAGAAUGGGAAGUAUUAUUAUGACAUUAAUAUGGAAAAUAAUGCUAAUACAAACAUGAACUCAAGAGGGUUCAAUUCAAGAAAUGAGUACAACACACAAGGGUAUUAUGGGAACAACGAAAAUGAAAACUCAUAUGAUAGAUACAAUUCUAAUGGUGGGUAUCAAAACCAAGAGGAGUUUCAAGGUGAACAAUUUAAUCCUUGAGGGUGUUUUUGUCUUUUCACUUGUUUGAAGAUGUGGUGUUUUAAGAAGAAGAUGGUGAUAAUUAUGAGGUGGUUUUUAUUUGGUGUUAUAUUUGUUAAUUAUGUCAUGUUUUAUUAGGGAGGGUAAAAUAUAAAGUAAAAUUAAAUUACUUUGUGUGUUGUUUUGUCUUGUGUAAUCUCACAUGUUCAACUCAUGCUUGGAAAGUAAGUACUUUAAGCUUUGAAUGUAACUCACAAGUCAUAUGUAAGGCUUGAUUACAAUUUGGAAGGAUUGGAACUAUUUAAUUUA